UUUAAUUUUGUUUUAUUAUCGGCUUCAUUUCUACAAAAUGAAACUAUGUUAUGUCUGCGAAUAAUCAAAAUCGGUCAUCUCCCUGAAAUGCUUAACACGUUGACUGCGAUAUGUACAGUGCGCUUCUACUACUAUUUGUUGUGACGUGUUCAGCGCAAUAUCUUCCCAACGGCUGCCCUGCAGACUUCAGCGUACAUCGACUGCUGCCUCACGAGACCGAAUGCGACAAGUUCUACCAAUGCAGCAAUGGACACAAAAUACUCAUGCAGUGCGGUCCUGGCACGUUAUUUGAUGAAGAACUACAGGUUUGCAAUUGGCCUUCACAAGUGAACUGCAAUAGAGUCACUCAAACAGAAGCAACGGAAUCCAACGACGAAACAACUACAAGAGUACCAACAGAUGCACCAGUUUUUACGACUGAAGGUUACACCACUGAAUCUCCGCUAACUACUACUCAAGAAUAUGAAACGACUACACACUCAGAUGGUACAGAAACAGCAAGCUCAGAUAGCAAUACGUUCCCACCGAUAACAACUACAGAUCCUACUGUGUCAACAACUGAGAGACAAACAACAGUUUCAUCUGAAAACCCAACACAACAAUAUGAUACCACUCCUCAAACAGAUGCUACAAAGACAACGGAUAAUUCAGACAGUUCUACAUUCCCUCCGGCAACGUUUACAGACCCAACUGUUGGUUCAACAGCAGCAACGCAAGAUACAACAGUAUCUCCAGAAACUCCAACUCAACAAUAUGAUAGGACAACAAGAUCAGAUGAUAAUGAAACUGCAUCUACACCACUGACUACUGUAAGUUCCACGACAACAGAAAGUGACACCACAAUAUCAGCUGAAACUUCAACUAAAGAAGAUGAAACAACUCCACUACCAGAUGUGAAAGAAACUACAGAGACAUCCUCAUUUAUAACAACUACGGAACGGUCUUCUACUGCCUCUUCAUCAACAACUACCACAACAAUUCCAACUGAAACUACUCUAGAGUACGAGACUACUCGGCAAUCAGAUAUUACUACAGAUAGUUCAAACGGAAAUACAACACCUGCAACAACAACUUCAACGGACCGUUACCCGACUGCUGGUUCAACAACUGAAGGAUACCCCACGAUAUCUUCUGAAACCACUCAAGAGUAUGACACUACGCCUCAGCCAGAUAAUAAUGAAACUACAGAUAAUCCAAAUGACAAUACAACUCCUUCAACAACAACUUCAACUGACCGUUACCCAACCUCAGGUUCAACAACAACUGAAGUUUACACCACGAUAUAUUCAGAGACCCCAACUCAAGAAGACGAAACUACGACAUGGUCUGAAACUGAAACUACAUAUAGUUCAGAUAAUACACCUAUAAUAACAACCACUGGAGGAAAUCCAACUGUUGACUCUUCAACGACGCAAGGCUUCACUACGACCUCCUCUGAAAACCCUACAGAAGGUUUUGAAACUACCUCAUGGCCAGAUGCCACAAAAACCACAGAUGGUACAGGCAGCAAUACAUUUCCAUCGACAACAUCUACAGACCGAUAUCCUAGUGUUGGUUCUACAACAACUGAAGCCUUCAGCACAAUAUCUUUUGAUACUCCUACGGUGGAUUUCAAAACGACUACAGAAGGAGAUGUCAUCGAAACGACAGCAACUUCUAAUACGUUUCCAACAGUAACUACAACUGAAAUAUUCACUGAGGAGUCUAUAACAACUGGAGUUUAUACUACAUCUUCUGGAACUCCGACAGAAGAACAUAAAACAAAUCCACAAACUCCAACAACAGAAGAAUCAGUUAAUACUGAUGGUACAACUAUCAAGCCCACCACUGAUGGCUUUUUCAGUACUACUUCAAGUACAGUUCAAGAUGCGACAACUGCAUCAAAUAUCCCUGAUGAUGAUCAAACUACAGCGGACACAGAAGCUCCUAUAUUUAGCACAACAGAACAGGUACAGACUACAAUAAGCUAUCCAACAGUACCUUCGGAGUCAAACACAAUACCUAUUACAACAGAUAGCGACGAAAUCAAUUCAUCAACUAAAGAAGAGACUACAAUAUCGUCCGAUGUGACGACUAAUAAAGUGGAGAUUACUACAGGUAAUCCGUCUGUAGAGCUUUGUCCUCCAGGGACUUUCGAAAAUAUUCCACAUCCAGAACUAUGUAAUUCAUUCUACAUGUGUGCCGGCGGUAUACCUAUACAAUUGUUCUGCAGUGAUGGAUUUGAAUUUGAUCCGGUUACAAGACAAUGUGUAGUCAUAUCAGACACUGGCUGUACUGCACUACAAGGCACAUCUACAACAACCGAAGCUAUUUCGACAACCAUAAAAAACGAUGGGACAACCAGAGAUUUCGAAACUACCGUUGAUAUUGAAACGACAACAAAGUCUGAUGACACGACUGAAUAUCAACCGUCAACUACAACAGAAAAAUCAACGACAACUGUUAAAGAAAUAACCACAGAGACAACUCGGGCAUCAGAACAAACAACAACUGAAUUUUCUACAUCAGAUUACACGACUCCAAAUGAUAAACUAACAACAACAUUUAACCCUACGCAAACAGAAGCAAUAAGUACGAUAGACUUCCAAACUUCAUCUACGGAUCACGAAACAACCACAGAAAAUGAUUCAACAACAAGGCAAAGUGACUCAACAACAAUAAACCAUGAAACUACAAUUGAUAUUGAAACGACAACAAAAUCUGACGAUACGACUGAAUAUCAACCGUCAACUACAACAGAAAAAUCAACGACAACUGUUAAAGAAAUCACCACAGAGACAACUCGGACAUCAGAACAAACAACAACUGAAUUUUCUGCAUCAGAUUACACGACUCCAAAUGAUAAACUAACAACAACUUUUAACCCUACGCAAACAGAAGAAUUAAGUACUAUAGAGUUCCAAACUUCAACUAAGGAUCCCGAAACAACCACAGAAAAUGAUUUGUAG